UUCCGGAAGCAGUUUAUGGUGGGGAGAGCGACAAACCUUUGCGAUGGGCAAGAGGUAUUUCUGCGACUAUUGUGACCGCUCUUUCCAGGACAAUCUGCACAACCGCAAGAAACAUCUAAAUGGAGUGCAGCACCAGAAGUGUAAGAAAGUCUGGUAUGACCUAUUCAGAGAUGCCGCUGAAAUCCUUGCAGAAGAAGAGUGUAAGAAAUUGUGCAGACGUUUCCUUCAGACGGGCCAGUGUGACUUUGGUCCUUCCUGCCGAUUCUCCCACAUGAGUCCACAGGAUUUGGAUGCACUGAAGGCUAAAGUGGAAGCAGAGAGAAAGCUGAAAGAGGAGCAGAACAGACAGAUCCCUCCUUGUAGGGUGGAUGCUUGGCUUGAAAAGAGAGCGAAGAGGGAAAGCUCUCGCAGUGAGAGUUCUUCUGCAUCAGAGCGUCCCAUCUACCAUCUGCCACCAGGCUGGCCACCACUUUGUGAACUGCCACCUUCACUCCAUCCCCCCACACCUGCAGAUUGGGGUGACUCAGAGGACUUGGAGUGGGGCUAAUGAUAUUGAGAGGCCUCCUGAAAAUCUUGAAACAAGAAAAUAACUACAGAUACACUUUCAAUGAAAGUUAUUUUGCAAAGAAUAUAUUCACGAAUGUGAACAUGGUGACACUCUUGUUGUUCACAGAUGGACUCUUCCAGAAAGUUUUUAACUCUGAGAUGUU